AUGGAAGCUGCGAGAGGAGAAAAAGAUGGUGGAUUGCUACGCACACUUCGACCACCGCGUCUCGAAGACGCCGGUCUGGAAGACUGCGCCCUCCCUCCUGAUUCCAUCAAAGAAGCCUUCCUCAAAGCUGCCACCGCCGUCCGAUCACGGGCCGGCUCAAUCCUCACUACCGAUAACGACGAGGACGAUGAUGACUGCCUGAAUGGCCCAUGGCCCACCGCCACAGGCAAGUCCGACUCUCUGCCCGGAAUCUCGCCGGAAGGGGAAACCCCAGGCGCUUGUGGCAACCAGAAAGGGGGAGGCAUCCCGGGGGUGAUGGGAGACGAGGUGGGUGCCGGCGUCACCGAUGCGACAAAGGCGGAGGAGAAGUCAGAUAAGGUAGUGGGAGGUGAGUUGCGGGAGGAAGGAAAGGAAUGUGUGGAUGCAUUGCAGGGUCUGAAGAUCGGAGAGAAGGGUAAAAGCGGAGUGGAGGAGGAAGAACCUGAUAAACCCGUACUAGGGGCAGACUUGAUGUGAAAUUCUAGACUCUCCAAUCGUGGAGAGGAGGGGGGUGAUGGUUUCUGCUAUGGUUUUCUUUGGGGCAAAGGAAUUUGGUGCGUAUUAUGAUGAGAUUUUGAGGCUUUUGUUGUAUUAUUUUCCUUGUUUUGGGUUAUGAUUUAUUGUCAGGGCUAUACAUAUAUAUAUAUAUGAAAUAAUUUGAUCUUAAA